AUGACUGCCAAUAACACCAUUGUAGAAGAACUUGUUGGCGAGCAUCCAUGGGACCUAACGGUGAGGUUCGAUGGUUCUCUCAGCCGCGAUUCAUCUCCAUUCAAAGGCCCGCCUUCGGCUAAGGUCGACCAGCUCUGGGAAGAUCUCGUACCUCAACGCAUGAUGGUCAUUUCCGAGGACGUCUUCCAAACUAUCAACGCCUCAAUGCAUUCAGUAAAAGCCCCAUCUAAUCUAGGCAAAGGUCGACUUGCAGCAUUCGAGGGCUUCCACUACAUCCAUUGCUUACACAAUCUCUGGAAAACACAUUACCCUGAGUAUUAUACCGAGGAAGCCAAGUUCGCAACAGAGAACCGCGAAGAAUGGCUAGAGCACGUCGAUCACUGUGUAGACAUGCUGCGCCAGAAGCUUGUAUGUGAUGCCGAUCCAGGUUUGAUCACGUACAACUGGUUGGAAAAUCACUACAACCCCCACCCCAACUUCAACGUCCAACACAAAUGCCGUGACUACAACAGGCUUCUGGACGCGUCAGCACGAUAUGGCGUGGAGAUGAGUGUUCUUCCUGAAGAGGGCAUAAGGCGAACAGAAGGAGAAAAGGUGGUCGACUUUGUGGAGCCUCCGUUCGAUCCAUUAGCCGAGGAAUAAAUGUAUAUUGUUGACUCA